AUUUUGAUCAGGCACAUCCUCCGCGUGCACUGGUGCGCUCUGUUAUGGUGCGGCGCUGCAGCGGGAGAGCCUGCUGUAGCUAACGGCUGGAUGCAGACGGGCACAGCGGCGGCUGUGGAGCUCCUACCGCCGGUCUGAGAGCAUUUUUGAGGUAAAAUCGGCUAUAACGAGUCGAACUGUGCCGUUUUUAGCCGAACCGAACCUGGAUUUGAGGGCGUUUGGGCUUCUCGCUCGCGCUCGCUGUUCUGUGGUGAUUUCCCGUUUCUGGGAGCAAGCGCGGGAAGCGAGGCUGAGAGGAGGCUGAGGCUGCUGAAGCUGCUGAGGCGUAGAUCAAAAUGGCUCCUCGCUCGCUGUUCUCCGCGGUACCAGCUCUCUGCUCGGUUCUGGCUGCGGUUCUGGUGCUGCCCGGCGGCCGAUGUCUGAACGGGGAGGAGGACCGCUCGCAGGACGCCGAGUGUAAGAUGAAGAGUGUGACCGUGUCCGCGCUGCCCUUCCUGCGGGAGAACGACCUGAGCAUCAUGCACAGCCCGUCGGCCUCCGAGCCCAAGCUGCUGUUCUCGGUCCGGAACGACUUCCCCGGGGACGUGGUGGUGGUGGACGACCUGGAGAACACCGAGCUGCCCUUCUUCGUGCUGGAGAUUUCUGGGAAUUCGGAGGACAUCCCGAUGGUGCGCUGGAGGCAGCAGUGGUUGGAGAAUGGCACGCUGCUGUUCCACAUCCACCACCAGGAUGGAAGUCAGAGCCUCCCCGGACUGACCGCCACCGAGGAUCCGGCCAGCGACACGGCAGAGGAGGAGCUCCGAAUUCUGCACAUCUCUGUGAUGGGAGGUAUGAUCGCCCUGCUUCUCUCCAUCCUGUGUCUGGUGCUGAUUCUGUACACGCGCAGACGCUGGUGCAAACGGCGCCGUGUGCCUCAGCCCCAGAAGAGCGCGAGUGCCGAGGCGGCCAACGAAAUUCACUACAUCCCUUCCGUGCUGAUGGGCGGCCAGGCGCGCGAGAGCCUGCGUAACUCUCGCGGUCAGGGCCACAACUCCAGCGGCACGCUCAGCAUCCGGGAGACGCCCAUCCUGGACGGGUACGAGUACGACAUCACCGACCUGCGGCACCACCUUCAGCGCGAGUGCAUGAACGGGGGCGAGGACUUCACCAGUCAGGUGACGCGAACGCUCGACUCUCUGCAGGGCUGCAACGAGAAAUCCAACAUGGACCUCACCCCCGGGAAUGACAAUACAAAACUGUCCCUAAUGAGCAAGUACAAGGAUAACAUCAUAGCCACCAGUCCUGUUGACAGCAAUCACCAGCAAAACACUCUUCUCCCCCACACCACCUCCACCAACCAGCGCAAGCGCCUGUCCAGCAAAACGCGCGCGGGUUCAGCUUUCCUGAACCCGGAUGGGGAUUCGGGCACUGAGGCGGACAGCGAGCCGCAGCUCACCUUCUACACCGACCCAAACCGCAGCCGGCGGCGUAGCCGAGGUAUGAGAAACGGUAACGUCAACCCAGCGUGGGGCUCCGGGGGCUCCCCACGUAGCCCCAUCAAUAAGACCACCCUGACUUUGAUCAGUGUGGUGAGUUGUGUGAUCGGCCUGGUCUACUCCUCUCACCUCUCCUGUGGCCUGAACGUCCGAGUCAUCCUGCACGUCCCGGAGCACCUCAUCGCAGACGGCUCCAGGUUCGUGCUGCUGCAGGGGAGCCAGCUGGACGCCUCCGAUUGGCUGAACCCGGCUCAGGUGCUGCUGUACUACCAGCAGAAUGCCAGCGGGCCCUGGCUCAAUGAGCUGUGCGGACGGAGGCUCCUGGACCCCUGUGAACACCAGUGCGACCCAGAUACAGGUGAAUGCCUCUGUUUUGACGGCUAUAUGAAGGACCCUGUUCACAAGCAUCUGUGCAUUCGCAACGAGUGGGGUCCGAAUCAGGGGCCGUGGCCGUACACGAUUUUCCAGCGUGGUUUUGAUUUGGUGAUGGGAGAGCAGCCCUCCGACCGGAUCUUCAGGUUCACGUACACUCUGGGAGAAGGCAUGUGGCUGCCACUCAGCAAGAGCUUCGUCAUUCCCCCGGCCGAGCUCGCCAUCAACCCUUCUGCCAAGUGUAAGACGGAUAUGACUGUCAUGGAGGACGCCGUGGACGUCAGGGAGGAGCUGAUGAUCUCCUCGUCGUUUGAUAGUCUGGAGGUUCUGCUGGACUCGUUCGGGCCGGUGCGCGACUGCACCAAAGACAACGGCGGCUGCAGUCGCAACUUCCGCUGCAUCUCUGACCGAAAGCUGGACUCCUCCGGCUGCGUGUGCCCUCCCGGUUUGAGCCCGAUGAAAGAUGGCACCGGUUGCUAUGACCACCACAUUGGCAUCGACUGCUCAGAUGGGUUUAAUGGCGGCUGUGAGCAGCUGUGUCUUCAGCAGCUGGCACCUCUGGAGGAGGACCCCACCCUCUACAACAUCCAGAUGUUCUGCGGCUGCAUCGAGGAUUAUAAGCGCGGCGCUGACGGGCGCUCCUGCCUGCCGCUGUCUGAAGCCUGCACCGAGGGGGUGGACUGCGGAGAGGCUGCCGACAUCCCGGCCAAUCAGACGGUGUUUGGAGAUCUCUUCUACGGCUACGACAACCGCACCAAGGAGAUCACAUCAGGACAGAUCCUCAAAGCCACCUUCAGACAGAAGAACUUCGCCCGCGGCAUCGAGCAGCAGCUUCCGGACGGCAUGGUCGUGGCGUCAAUACCCAACGAGGCUCAGUGCCACGAGGAGCUCUCGGACCCGGUUCCUGAUCCAGAGUAUCUGACGGGGAUGGUGAACUACAGCGAGGUAUCAGGAUAUCCGCUGGUCCAGCACUGGAAGCUGCGCUCGAUUCUGUACCACGUGAAGCUCAAUCAGUGGGUCCUCUCUCAAGCCUUCAGCUCGGCCGUGCGCUCGCUGGACGGUGCCACCCUGCGGAGUGAUUUCGUGUCCAUUCUGAAGGAGUUCGGUAACCAUUACAUCCAGGAGGCGGUUUACGGCUUCGAGGAGUCCUGCACCAUCUGGUACCCCAACAAGCAGGUGCAGCGCCAGCUGUGGCUGGAGUAUCAGGACAUCAGUAAAGGUAACUCCCCGUCGGACGAGUCUGAGGAGCGGGAGAAGGAGCCGCGGACGCUCACCUACCCCGCCUACAUCGCCAGCCUGCUGGACUCGGGGGCCAAGCGCAUGGCGGCGGGGGUGCGUAUGGACUGCAGCAGUCAGGGGCAGUGCCCGCUCUCCUGCCACCUCUGCCACAUGAGCCCUGGGCCCCCGCGGCCGGCCGAGCCUGUGCUGCUGCAGGUCACUAAAGCUGCUCCGCUGUACGAACUCGUCAACAACAACGAGACCUACCAGGCUCUGCAGGAGGCGAUGAUGAGCGUGCUGUGGUGUUCGGGGAGAGGAGAUGUAAUCGAUGACUGGUGUCGCUGUGACUCCAGUGCCUUCGGUGCCGACGGCCUGCCCACGUGCGCCCCGCUCCCCCAGCCCACGCUGAAGUUGUCGCACUUGUACGAGCCGAGCAGCUCACUAGUGAUCGUGGAGUGGAAUCACGCCGAGCCGCCGAUCGGAGUGCGCAUCGUCGAUUAUCUCAUCAGUCAGGAGAAAGUGACGGAGAGGACCGAUCACACCAAAGUAGAAACAGAGACGAUGCUGAGCUUUGUGGAUGACAUCCUGUCCGGGGCAAAGUCUCCCUGUGUGAUGCUGGGGGACAUCCCCGAUCCCUUCGUCUCCAUUUCCAUGAUCAUACGCUGCCUGGAGCCCGACACCACCUACAUGUUCAGACUGUGGGCGGUGGAUAACACAGGCCGGCGCUCCAGCCCCAGCGAGGUCACCAUCAAGACCCCCUGUCCUGCAGUGGAUGAUGUGAAAGCACAGGAAAUAGCAGAUAAAAUCUAUAACCUGUUUAACGGCUACACGAGUGGGAAGGAGCAGCAGACGGCCUACAACACGCUGAUGGACCUGGGAUCUCCCACGCUGCACCGCGUCCUCUACCACUACAACCUGAGAUACGAGAGCUUCGGAGAAUUCACCUGGCGCUGUGAGGACGAACUCGGACCCAGGAAAGCAGGUCUGAUUCUGUCUCAGCUGAAUGAUCUGAGCGCUUGGUGUCGGGGACUCCUCCAGGAAGCGAAGAUCGGGCUGCGCCGGGCGUCGCUGAGGUACCUGUCCUGCCGCUACACCGACACCAGGGCGUUCGGCCUCAACUGGCUGGACCUGGGUCAGGACUUACGCAAAGCCUGCGAGGAGCAGAUGCUGCCCGUCAUGUACAACGACUACGGAGAACCUAAAGAACUCUGAAGCUCCAGGAGACCUGAGGAGAUCUCACGAGACACGGCGGGAGUCCUGCGCUACAUCCUGGUUCUUUACGGCUCCUGUACAAAACUCACCUGGAACUGUCAUCUACUGCUACUGAACAUCCUGCAUCCGUUCUGAUCCUUCCUCCUGAAUCAGUUCAAUUUAUACGUUUAAUAAAGGUUUAAUAAAGGUUUAAUAAAGGUUGAUUAACAUCUACAACAGACCUGAGCUCAAACCUCGACCUUAUAAAGAGUCUUCUGGAGCUGCGAGGCUGAAAUUUACUGUAGUGAAGAGAGAAAUCCGGAGAAAUAAGAAACUCAUCAUCAUUAUCAUCCUCCCAGCUAACAAUAUUCGCUUAGUAGAACGUUUUCUCAACGUUACAGUUAACGUUUUAAUCUGUCAGGUUUACUGAAUGCUCUUAGAACGUUUUUAUUUACUAUUUUCAGACGUUUUGGUAUGGUCGCCUCAACGUUUGAAUUAUUAGUUUUGGGAACUUCAUGUGAGAAACGUUCGAAUAACGUUGUGAUGCAAACCAUUAUGAAAUCACAUGUUUUCAGAAUGUUCUGAGAACAUGAUAAUGGUUUGCAUCACAACGUUAUUGAAAUAUUUCCCAGCUAUUUGGUUAGUCGAACAUAUUCUGAACCUUACAGUUAACGUUUUAAUCUGUCAGGUUUAUUGGAUGUUCUUAGAAUGUUUUUAUUUAACAUUUAACAUAUUUUUAAACGUUCUGGUAAUUUCGCCUUUAACGUUUUAAUUUUAAGUUUUGGGAAUGGUACUUAUAACAUUUCACUAAUGUUAGUGUUCUUCUAGCUCACAAUGUUAUUAGAAUGUUUCCCAGCUAAAUAUAUGUGGUUAGUAGAAUGUUAAAAUCAAAGGUUAGAACUAGAACAUUAACUGUUUAAUCUGUCAAAUUUACUGGAUUCUCUUUGAAAGUUUUUAUUAAACAUUUUUAAAUGUUCUGGUAACAUUGCCUCAACAUCGCUAAACGUUAUUUUAACGUUCUCUGUUAGCUGGGAUGGCAGUUCUACAUUCAAACCUUCUUUUUUUUACGAAACUGUUCAUACGGUUGUAAACAGACAGGUAACCGGAAUCUAACUACUAAUAUUUUAAACUAAACGUCUCGUUUUUCUUUCUUCUGCUAUUUUAAAUGUUACAUAAAAAAAGAUUCAUUUUUCUGAUUUUCUCAUAAUUGCUAAUCCUUGCUGUGCAUAUUGAUUGAUUGAUUGAUUGAUUGAUUGAUUGAUUGAUUGACUGAUUGCAGUGGCAGCUUUGUAUAGUCUGUGCUCUGUAAAUAAAGCUCAACUGACUACAUGAAUAAAUAAUUUACUAAAUGAAUGAAGAAAUGAAUGAGAAACUAAUAGAUGUUGCAACAAUAAAGCUGUAGACUGAAAACAAUUGGGUUUGACAUUAAAAUAUAUGAAAUGUGAGAUAAAAGAUCAACAUUUCAGCUUUUAUUUCCCACCCAUUUUUCUUUUGAACAAAAGUACUCCUUUCUGCAGGUGUUGCUGAUGUCACUGAAAGUGGUUUUAGUUUUUUUUUUUUUUACAGUGUUUGGUUUGUGAUCAUCCAUCUUCCUCUUGAUUAUAUUCCAGAGGUUUUUAAUUUGGUAAAAUCAAAGAAACUCAUCAUUUUAAGUGCUCUCUUAUUUCUUUUACAGAGCUGUAUAUAAAUAUAUAAUAGCAGAGCUAGGCCUGGGUGGGAUUACAGGUUAAAGAGAUGAUUAAAGCUGCAGAACUUUUUUUUAUUUGCUAAAAUGCCAGAAUAACAUGAUUUACGUGGUUUACGAUACAGUCUGAAACUCUGAUGUGAUGAUUUUGGCAGGUAGUUUGUCACGGCGGCUGGCAGCUCUUUUAUAUCUUGUUAGCAUUGUUAGCAUUGUUAGCCUUGUAGUGCCAGUGCCGAGCUCCAGAAACGUCCUGCUUGAUGAGUGGUGUUCGGGGUAAAGUGGAACUAAAGGAGUUUGAUUGGGGGUUUUAAAGGGGAGGAAGGUGAUUUUUUUGGACUUUUUGAUUUGUUUUGCCAGUUUUAUUGGCCGCCGUACAGGAAGCGGAUGUGUGUACAGCUAGUUAAAGGCCUUUCAUUUUCCAGAGCUGCAUUUGUAGGUAUUGUGGUGUGUUUCCGCCGAUAGAGAACACGCCGGCUUAUCUAGGUAGAAAGCCUGACUUACUGACUUACUGACUUCUUUUUUUACAGGAACUGAAUCUGUAUCUAAUCGAUGUGAUAAACAGUCUGUCUGUCUGUAGUGUGUAUAGAAUUAAUCCAAAUGGAAAAAAAUCUAAAACUUGUGUAUCGAGGGACGAACAGCGAAUGUAAUGGAUGAUAAACGGACUGAUUUAUUCUGUAUGUUGUGCUGAAACUGAACUAAUGGCUGAUGUAUUUGAAACUGUACAGGUCUUUUUAAGUCGUGUUGGAAAGAAACUCGAACUGUUUACAGUAAAACUCUUGUCUUGUUAAUGUUUCUAAUUAUUUAUUAUUCCAAGUAAAAAUGCCCCGAAAUCUG